UGUAACUUCAUUGGAUAACACCGUGCAUAAUUACAUACAAUGGGUUGUUUUUUAGUUUCUAACAAAUCGCUGCUCAGUGCUGGCCCCUAUUUUGGGCCUCGAGAACCAUGCAGGAGCAGCCGCACUCGAUCUGGCGUGCCUUCUGCUUCUGUCCCAAAAUGCACAACGACCGAGAUGAAAGGGAACCCAUCAUGUGGUCCCAGGCGGGCGUAUACUACGACCGUGCGAUGGACACAUCAUUUGAGCAGACGGAGAAUCUGAGCAGUUGCUCGAGCGCCGCGUCUGGCUCGGAGACGCUGCCUCUGCUCGGCGACAGAGGGGACGACGAGACGGCGGAUUCGGACGGAGCGCUCCUCGAGAACACGAACCUCGAGCUUGCGUGGCAGAUGCUUCAAUAUGGAAAAGAGCCAGACGACGAGACUCACAAAGAAGUUCAGUGGCGAUGGAAGAUGAUUCUGUCCAAAUUAGGGUUUGAGGGCGAGACGACCGUGCUGCUCACGGUGACGCCGCGAGGAAGCAUGAGCGAUGGACCAAAUGCAGAGAGGGCCCUGGACAUGUUGACCCAUCUGUCUGUGCGCACGGCUAUUUUCCACCCGCUCGAUGUGCCCCCAGAGCGCUACCUUGUAGUGCUGGAUCGCCUGCUGUUGUUGGAUGUCGCGGAAGAGUUUGUGGCCGAGGCAGAGCGUCUGUAUCCUGUGGAAGAGUGGGGGGAUCUCCAUAACAUGAGCCUGUCGUGCUCUCCUCGGUCGACGGUAGGAGCACGGCCAUCUUAGUUCACCACUUUGAAAACUGAAGCCCACUUGUCCGUCAAAGCUCUGGACAAAACCGUACAUCAUUUUCGCUGUAGCGUGUCUUCAUAGAAACUGAAUGCAUUUCUGCAACAUUUGUACAACUUUUUACACAUUAUGAGCAAUGUCCAUUCCAAGCAGUUGGUAUUUUUGUAUUUGUUUUGAUCGUAUUUAAACAUGAACCUGGCACAGAGAACAACCGUGACGUGGGGAAGAGGCACAGAAACUCCAAACUCUAUGGCCCUGGGUUUAGAGGGAAGGAGAAAUUCGGGGUCACUGCCCCAGCAAGGUGGGGACCGCGAGUGGGAGCAUGUAGGGUUUUUUUUUUAUUCCACUGGGUAAUUUUACAAAUGUGGCAUCGUUGGUUAUCAUUAAGCAGCGUUUCUGAAUGAUACCACAAAGUCUUAAAUGACCACCUCCCAACAGAAUUUAGUAAUACAGUAAAUGUAUUAUUGGUAUUCUGUUGCACACUCGAGAUGAAGGACGUGGGCAGGUGCUCCAAAUCGAGGGCAAGCACAUUUAUUUAUUGUGGUUCAUAUGAAUCUUGGGAAGAACAGCACCGUCACUCUGUAAAAUGCAACAGCGCGUGUUACACGCAGCAAAUCUUCCGAGACGCCAUUAACCAUGUGGCUGGUUUACACGUGCGGUUAUUCAUUAACCCUUUCUCUUAAACCCAAUUCUACUGCUGAUAAACCAUCUUUGUCUUUGACAAUCACAUUUGCACAUCACUAUUCGAAUAUUACUUUAAUCCUAAGCUGUAUGUCUAUCUAUACCAUCCACUUCUAUCGGUAUCUUAC